AUGAACAAGCUGAAAGCAGAAAUACUAGUUCUCACAGAAACAAAAAUUGACUCCUCAUACCCAAACAGCCAGUUUACAUUAACAAAUUAUAAAAUUUAUCGAAAAGAUCGAUCGAAGGGCGGGGGAGGUGUCUUAAUCUACGUAUCAAGCAAGUUUCCAUCUAAGAGACUCAAUCUGCAAAAAUUAUACAAGACUAUAGAGAUAUUGGCUGUAGAAGUGAGAAUGGGUAAUGCUCAAAUUGCUGUGCUAGGAAUAUAUAGGCCCCCGUGUAACACUGGCGAAAAUUAUUUCAAAACACUGGAAGAUGAGCUAAACCAAUUACUAUUGUGGGCCGCGUCGAAGUGCCAGACAAUAGUAAUCACAGGGGACCUCAAUCUGGACCGAUUAAGACCAAAUGAGCGUGGGGGCAGAUUAUUAAUAGAUCUAGAGGAAAUUUUUAACUUAAAGUGUCUAAUUAAUGAGGCCACAAGAGUAACAGUAAAAACACAAACUCUAUUGGAUGCGAUAUUAACUAACACACCAGAUCUAUUCGGAUUCGCGAGUGUGACAGAUCUAGGACUUAGUGACCAUAAACUGGUAUAUUCGUUUCUCAAGAAAAGUCCAGCUGAACAACAUGAAGCAAAGGUGAUUAAGUGCAGAAGUACGAAGCACUUAAAUAGGGAGGAACUCUCGCGGGACCUAAACGAUACGAAUUGGAAUGAAAUUUUUUCACAUGAUACUAAUGAACGGUACGCCAAUUGGAAAAGUAAGUUCAUGGAAGUAAUAGACAGACAUAUGCCUGUGAAGAAAAUGAGACUGAGAAAGAAAGACGUCCCAUACAUGAAUGCAGAAUGGAAAGAGGCAAUACGUAAGAGAAGAAAAUAUGCGAAGAAAUUUAGUAAGGAUAGAAAGUGUGAAACAUGGGAAUUAAUGAAAAGGUGGAGAAAUGUAGCAACACGACUAAGGAGAAAGGCUAUUAAGAGCUACUGGAAUGAAAUAUCACUUGAAUUAAAUGAAAACCCAAGGAAAUUCUUUUCUACGUUUAUGCCAUUCAUUAGUUCAAAGGGACAAAAGGAGACGAACGAGAUCCAUUUGAAUAUUGAAGGCAGAAUAGAACAAGAUCAGCGAAUAGUGGCAGAAGAAUUCGCAGACUACUUUUCGACAGUGGCUGAUGCUAUAGGAGGGGAGGAAGCCACUAAUUUGACUGAGGAGAAAUGCAUAAACCAUCGGAGUAUAGAAAUGAUACGUGCAAGAUAUGAACCAGAUUCGUUCUCAUUUAUUGAAAUUAAACGAGAAGAAGUUCUUAAAGCCCUUAAGGAAUUAAAUCCGCGAAAGGCUACGGGGCAUGAUGAGAUACCAUCUAAGGUUUUAAAGUUGGUGGCAGAAGAGAUAGCGACACCACUUACUGACAUAUUUAACCAAGUCAUCAAAUAUUGUGAAUGGCCUCAGGAAUGGAAAAUGGGGGAAUGGAUUCCAGCAUACAAGAAGGAUGAUCAUCACGAUAAGGCUAAUUACCGACCAGUAACUAUAUUAAGUAUACUAGAUAAGAUUUUUGAACAGCUACUUUGUCAGCAGCUGUCUCAAAGAUUUGAGAAUAUCUUUGAUCCUUUUAUCUCAGCGUACAGGAAAAAUUACAGUUGCGAAAUCGCACUCGUUUGUCUGGUCGAGGAUUGGAAGCAGGCAAUGGAUGAAGGGCAAACAAUUAGUAUUUUAUCAACGGAUAUGAGUAAAGCAUUUGACUCGCUGCAUCCCACUUUACUCUUAGCUAAACUCAAAGCUUAUGGAUUCACUCAAAACGCGUUAGAUUUGAUGAAAUCAUAUUUUAAAGAACGUAUGAAUAGAACAAAAAUGCGACAGGUAACCAGCGAAUGGAAAGAAACAAAGAGAGGAUGUCCUCAAGGCUCUUCUUUGGGCCCGACGUUAUGGAAUAUCUACCAGAACGAUUUAUUUUAUGUUGAACGUGAAAGUCGGCUAUCUGCGUACGCGGAUGAUCAUCAGCUUUACUAUGCCCAUAAAGAACCAGAGAGAGCAGUGGACACUAUAACCCGAGAUGGAAAACAAACCUUCUGUUGGUACACUGAAAAUUUCCUUGAAGGAAAUUUAAGCAAAUGCCAAGCAAUGACCAUAUUGAAAAAUUCGCAAGAACUGAAUAUAGAAGUAGACAGUCGUAAAAUUAAGAUAACAGAAAAGCUUAUCUUGCUGGGUGUGGAGAUUGAUGAUCAACUGUAUUUCGAUGAGCAUAUUUCAACAGCGUGUAAAAAAGCAAGUAUGCGUGUGGGUAUAUUGAUGAGAUUACGGAAAUUAAUUCCAGUUAAUGCAAAGUUAAAGAUCUACAAAGCCGCUAUAUUACCGUAUUUGACGUACUGCGGAUUGGUCUGGCACUUCUGUAAAAGCUCGGAUUGUAGAAAGCUAGAACGGGUAAACGAGCAGGGGCUGAGAGCAGUUUUCUGUGACUGGAACUCAACAUAUGAAGAUCUACUGUUAAGGGCCCAGUUAACAAGUUUGUACAACCUGAGGUUGCAAGACAUAGCCAUAUUCAUGUUUAAAGUCAAACAAAGGCUACUUCCGAACAAUAUAUUAAAUAUAUUUAUAAACACACCAAGGAAUUAUAAUCUUAGAAACUCAGACUUUCUUAUACCGAGAUUUAAGUCUGUAAAAUUUGGAAAACACUCAUUAAGGUAUUAUGGACCUUACCUUUGGUCAAAAUUAAAAUCCGAAGACAUAAAUCAGACUUCCCUAUCUGCUUUUAAGCGUAGUAUCAGAAAAACAGACCUCAGUUGUAUUGCAUGAUAAACUCCAUAAUAAUAGUCUUAGUACUAAGCUGUAGUAAAAUAAUUAGUGUAUUAUAUAUGUAAUCAUAGCAGAAAUCUUAGUAAUAUACAAUAGGUGUAAAUUCAGUUGUUUAAGCUUAGUGUCCCCAAUUAGUAGGUUAUCUGUAACCGGCUAGAUGUAAAUGACACUUUAAUAAAGUUCCUAACUAACUAUACUAAAAGGCCCUGCAAAUAAUCACAAGUGCCAACAGUCAAACCGGUCUUAAUGUUUUCUUAAGUUUUUUCUGUAUUGGUGUUGUGUACUCAGGUGAAUAAUAUGUUUGCGAUGUUACUCUGAGUGCAUAUCCACACCGGGCGAGCUUGAAAAAUAUGCCCGGCCACGGUGGGAUUCGAACCUACAACCUUUGGAAUACUAGCCCAAUGCUCUUCCAACUGAGCUACACGGUCAGGACAGUUCGAGUAAGUGAUAUUUCGGAACAGUAUCUAGUUCCUUCAAUACCAAUGUGUUCUAGUAAUAUGAAUUUUCUGUAUUGGUGUUGUGUAGUAUUCCAAAGGUCAUAGGUUCGAAUCCCACCGUGGCCAGGCAUAUUUUUCAAGCUCGCCCGGUGUGGAUAUGCACUCGGAGUAACAUCGCAAACAUAUGUUUUCUUAAGUCUUCAACAUUUACAUGUUUAGCAAAAGCAGGUGCUGGGUUGUUGUAGUUUGCUGUGCAAUUUUUUUCUGUCUUGAAAGUUGCCUCGCUUAUUUUUACUUUGUCGAAAAGCACUGCAGUAUCAAGUUUCUCAUUAGUAAGUUCAGUGACUGUCAGACUGUGUACAUGUUAAAUCAUGUGGGACUUCAGUUUAAUAAUUGAAGUUGGAUAUUGAGUUCAAAAUUUGAAAUAGCAGGGCAGCUACAUGUUUACAGCAACGGAACCACCUGUACAAGUGCAACUUGCACAAGAUAUUUAACCAGUGUCUUUAAAGGGAAACCUCACAUAUCUAUUUUUUCCACGAGAAACGUCAUAUGUUCGUUUGGGGGUGGGGGGGUUGGCAGCUGUGACGUUUCUCUGUAAACAUCAUGGAAAAAAUCGAUAGUUUUUAUCUUUGCAGAGUAUAAAAAAGAAAACAAUUUGAUACAAACAGCAGUCUAUAUAUUCGUAAUGCCAUACCUGUUCUAUACCUAUACAUUUAUAUUAUUACGCCUUCUUUGCAUUUGAAAACACUCAAAUUUCAAGAAAUACGCGCUAAAAUUAUCAAUAUUUCAUGCAAAAAAAGUUGUUUUGAGAAACGUUGGAAAUUUUGAAGUUUAUAUAUAUAUUAAUAAAAAAGAGUAUGUCGGCAGAAGAUGACUUAUUCCUCGCGGAAGCAUUACCAAUAGCCGACCGAAAAAAAUAGUAGAAAAUUACCUUAUACGUACUAUAUUAAAAGAACAAAAUAUCGAUAACUAUGUGUGACGUUUUUAAGGGGGUGGGGGGGGGGGUCUCCAGACAAAUGAACAUAUGACGUUUCUCAUGGACAAAAUCGAUAUGUGAGGCUUUCCUUAGACCUACAGUAGGUGAACAUAGAUUCCAUAGUGUGCCUUUUUCAUGGAGGCAUACACAACACUUUUAAUUAAUUAAACAGGAAAGAUGUUUCUGUGCCUUUCAAAACAUUAGCCUUAACUACAACCUGGGUAACCAUUUUAUCUUUGAACAGUUGAUGGCCAUAUUUUUAUGCUUGUGAGCAUUUGCACGGUCCAAGUUUACUGAGUAGUCAGUUAUCAAAUGUUCCUUCAAUAAUGCAUGCAUGGGUAUUAAAAUACCACUGAGGUUUCUUGUCCACUGUAUUCCUUACUCCAUAUUUACAAACAGCAAACCAAACGUCUCGAAACUUUCCAAAAUAUACUCGAAACAAGCGAGGUUGCUUUAAAUUUUACUCGCGUAAAUAUGUUGUAGUUAAAAACUCCAAUAAGACACUUGAACAGCAGUGAAUAGUACUUAAAAGUACUUUAUAAAUCUUUGAAAACAUUUGAAAUUUCUGUAUUUCAAACAGUAACUGUUUUGAUUUUUCGCGCCAAACAACCUCAAUGUUUUGUGGUUGUGAAACGAAUGUUUGAUCAAACAUCUGUUGUUUUGGGACGGUCAAAUGUGCAAACAUUUUUGUCUCUCGAGUCGCUAGAAUUAAACCGAUCAUUAAAAUUUUUAGGCAAAUAAUAGUUUACAACGUGUUCGUUCUUUCGAAAAUAAUUUAAUGCAGUACUCACCUUCAUGUUGUGAAAUAUUCAAAAAUUUGUUCCCGACUACUACGAAUCGAACUCCUUCCCCGCUUCAGUGAGUUUGUACGCCAUGUUAAAUGUACGCCAUAUUUAAUAAGUGUAAGCGCCAUGUUGAAGAAUUCUGCUGUGUAACUAAACUACCAUGAUGCUUAGCAAUUCUGCAAUUGGCCAUUUGAAAGCACAUUUACAUGUCUUACAUGGUGAACAAAUUUAUCGAAAUUUCAAACCCAAACGAUGGAAAAGACAUGGAAAAGUUCGUAAAAUGUUAUUCAGAUCUCACGAAGAAUAGUUUUAUUUUGACUUGUUAUUCAAGCACUUUAAAUUGCGAAAGAAUAUAGUGAAAAUAUGAUUGUUACUUGAGCCAUGUGUCUGAAAUUCUGUUGAAUAUAAUUUUGAAUUUGUCGCCUUCAAUUUGCAUAAGAAACAUACGAAAUGUUGGUUUCUGGCAAGGAAAGAAAGAAAGAAUAAAAUAUCAAUUCGAAUCUAUUAUAGUAAAUUCUGUACUAAAUUGUGCACUAAUGCACUAUUAAUAUCACCAAUUUAGCAAUAAUUGUCUUUGGCAUUUAAUGGCAUAUACAGUAAUAAUUUGGCACUUUUCUAGACCUUUGUCCAGGGUGUAUAUUAAACUUAAUAAUAAAACUAUAUGAAAUAAUAUAUUAAACAUACUUGUGCUUUUAACAAUAUGAAAUAAUAUAUUAAACAUUUGAAUGCUGUUAAAGAUAUGUUAGCAUUUUAAUACAUGAAUAAGGAUUGUAAUUACAGAAGAAUUACAGCAUUGAAUGUGAUAUAUCAGUGUAUUUAUCCUUAACCCAUUAAGCUGCAACUGUGUUACUUUACUUUUCCUAAUGCCAGAGAAUUUUACUUGUCAAGGGGAGAGUAUUGCAAGCUCUUUAUUAACAAGCUUCAGUUGUAUAAAAUGAUAUGUUUGUAAAAGCUGGAAGAUGCACGAGCACCGAGACAAUGCCUCAAAUGUUCUCUUUAUAUAUUUUCAGAUUAAUAUUGGAACUGGGUUAUAGCCUAGCUCCAAAUAUUGUUCUCAAGUCACAACAAUCAGAUCUGGAUUGAGUUGACAAACUGGUGUUGUAAGGUAAGAAUUAACAAGAAUAAAUAGUCUGCUUUUAGUUAAAACGACAAACUGGCCCAGCUAAGGUGGCCACCCAGGCCAGACAAAUCAGUCUCUAUUAGUAUAACUAGUAACAACAUAAUUACACAUGAAUCCUGUGAUUUAAGGCCUGUUAACACUGACACUGUGCUCAAUUUUGGUACCUGUAACAUGUUUACCAUGCUUGGACUACCUAUUCAUACCGGCCGAGCACACAUAAAUUUGGUACAGGCACCAGUUUUAUCUGUGCCGUACCAAAAAUUGAGCAUUAGUGUACAACAGAGGCCGGUUGUUCAAAGGUGGGUUAGCGCUAACCCUGGGUUAAAUUUAACCUGCUGCUUUAGUUCGUGUAUUUCUACAAGUCUGUUUCAAAACUUCAAAAAAAUAAACUCUUAUCGAUCCAGACAAGAUAUCUGAAGAAAUAUUUUCAAAUUUAUAGACAAGCUGUCAGGAAGUUUGGAUUGAAUUUUAGAUUAACCUAACCUAGGGUUAAGCUACUGUAACCCAGCUUUGAGCAACUGGCCCCAGGGCUAAUUUAGUAGUUUGGUGCUUUAAUAAUCUAAAUUAUGCCAGAAGUAUGAAGAGUCGGUGUGCAAUAGCCAAUUUUCUGUCAUGAAUGAGUCAUUACAGUAUGGUACAGGUGGAGCUGUCCAUAGGCCUGCAAUAAUGCAGGGGGAGGGGCUGUAGCUGGACCCAUUGACCUGCAAUUUGGCCUAAUGUGCUCUGCCUUGUUAAAUUAAUGUACUCUGUCUUGUUAAUUUACUCUGUCUGAUACCAAACAAUUUUAACUAUAUUUCCAUGCUUCAUACUAAGUCCACAAAAGAAAUGCCUGGGUUUCUAUUUCUCAUAUGCAAAAAUAAUAUCUCAUAUAAAAAGAUUAGGGUUGGUGAUUUCUUUGGCCUAACUCAUUAGUAAGCCCUAAUGUCUCCUGUAAUAUACUUUACAAAAAUAUUAAAUCAAAUGUAACCUAGUAGAUGGUUAACUAGAAAAUACAUGCAUGCAGAAACCCUCACCUUGCUGACAAAACCAUUGUAUUUUCCGAACAUGAAGUAUCUAAAGUUGUUGUCAUGGUGACACGAUAAUUUUUUAAGAAUAUUCUUACAAAUUAAAAAUUGCCUAAAAAUAUCACUUUUAAUUACAAAAUUAUCAAUUUCCCAACAUAUAUAUGUUAGGUAUGUUAUUAUACGUAAUAUAAGCUUCAAUUUAAGCUAAAAUUCAACCACAAACGCUUUGCAAAACGCUUUAAAUUAAAGUGUUCUUUAAUAUAAAACUAAACUGCCUUUAGGCUUUAAUAAUUAAAUGGCUUUAUCAAUAACCUUUGAGUUUGCAAUAAAAUGAUUUCAAAUUCUCACAUGCAAAUAACUUUGCUUUCUUGUUUAUUUAAAAUAUUCAAUAUAAUAAAAAAGGGAAUCAAUAUUAAUAAUACACUGAAAUUAUAUGCUGUCUUGUUUAGUUGUUUCAUAUACGCAAAGGGCCAAAGGCCGUCGGGUUUUAAAGCAAUUAUGAAAUCAAUAUUUAAAACAAACUUACCUUUGUUAACGUCGGGUCCCUUCUUUUAGCCGAUUCUUUCACCCUUGCUUUCUGAGAAAGCUUUUGAAAUUUACAAAAUCUUGCAAAAAUGCGAGCAAAAAUGAAAUAUAUUUGCAAGAAAUUUUAUAUCAAUCAUCAAAUCAAGUAAUGUUUGCUAUUUCGCAUUUUUGCUGUUGUCAUGCAGUCGUUAUAAUGCAAACUUUAAAUUGGACCAAUCAGUGUCCACGCCCGCGCUCAUUGACGAACUUUAGACUUGGCUAAUGCUUUCGUUUCCCCGGGUGUAAAUAGCCGGGGGGAAUUAGUACCCUCGCACGGCGCUUCAUGCCGUCGGCUCGGGGAUUAAGCCAAUAUUUAUCUGGUAACCCAUUAGACAUGGCUACCAUAAGGGAAUCCCCUAUUUGGCCUAACACUAUCUAGAUUAUUCUUGCUGUCUCAAUGCCAAUUAAAUCUAAAACAUAUUAAAUAAAUCUGAUUUCAUCAAUUCCUAUUUUUUCAGCUUUUGGUCUGGAUGAUACAGUCUAUGGAAAGACAGCUGCUAUGCAGUACAAGGUACAGGAAAAAUGCUGUGGGGCUCGAAGAGGAGUAACUAAAAGCAAACCAGCUGAGUGAGACUUGACAUUAACAAUUAAUGACUUUUAGGUACUCAUUAUUUAUUUCUGGCCAUGUAUAUAAAUAAAAUUAUAUAAUAUUAGGAAAGUGUAGGUUAUAAUAGUAUAAAGUGUAAUUACUCUGCCCCAGGGGCCAGUUGUUCAAUGCUGGACUAGCGCUAACCCUGGGUUAAAAUUUAGCCUGCUGUUUUAGUUUGUGUAUUUCUACUGCACACGUCUGUUUAUUUUAAACUUCAGAGAAGAAAACUCGUAUCGAUCCAGACAAGAUCUCUGAAGAAAUAUUUCCACAUUUAUAGACAAGCUGUCAGGUUAACCUAGGGUUAAGCUAAUCCAGCCUUGAACAACUGGCCCCUGGAGAAAAUUUGAUUGUACAGUGCAUAAUUAUAUGUGUAACUUAUAAUUAUAUAUUUACUAAUAAAUACAUUUAAUAUUCUGGGGCCGGUUGUAUAAAAACGUAAUUAGCGCUAACUGUAGUUAGCGUUAAUCCCUGUACUGUAAAUCCUUAACUGUAAUUAGUUAACUACAUGACUUAACUGCGUUGCACAAAACAUAGCUUUGUCACGUAGUUAACUGUGCGUGGGGCAUUUGAACACAAAAUUACAUAAAGUAAGCUGCGAGUAACGACCGCUGACAGAUAUUUUCAACAUGAUUGUGGACUCGUAUUUUGCAAAUAGGCGGGAAUUUUAUUCAAAACACUAGAAAACAGUGAAAAAUAAACAAGAAAACAAGGAAAAACCGCCACAAAUAUCAUAAAAGAAUGCAGUUUUUCCUUGAGAUGUCUACGUUAAACCAAGGUAUAGCUGUUUGGCAAUUAUAUAUCAGUGUUUCUUGGUGUAAUGGACCAUACUUCAUCUUCGAGAAAUCGUCCUGUGCAAAAAUAUGUUCUGUUUUCAUAACAAACACCAAAGCGAUAGCGUUUGAAGAGCUUAUAUUGUCAGGAAACAUUCACAUGGAAGAUAGUGAUUGAAAAUCUCAGGUAACCGUUGCUUUUCAUUGUUGUUUUACUGAAAAAUGUUGUUCACUCCUAUAUAAACGCCAUUUUUAACUACGUUUUGGACAGUUAACUAUACGCUAAAGCAUAGUUAACUUUAACUACUUUUUAACUGCAGUUAAGGCUAACUACACUUUUAUAGAACCGGCGUAACUACGUGAUUAAAGUUAACUAUUUUUUAAGGCUUUUUAACUACUUUUUAACUGCAGUUAGUGGUAACUACGUUUUUAUACAACCGGCCCCUGAUCUAGUAUUUCUUCGUAUUAAAUUAUUACGGCUUCAAGAGAACAUGACAGAGGUACAGUUGCAGCAACUUGAUGUUGCAGAAACUUGAUGUUGCAGAAGUAAGAGGAAAUAGUUUUAUGCAAGAAAUAAAACUCACUUGGUGGCAGUUAUGUGACAUAUCUGCUUGGUAGAUAAUAUACAGAUAAUUUUAUCUGUAGGGAAACUAUACUGUCACAUAACUGUGACAGAUAUGUUAUUGGGCCAAAUUCCUAUAUGUUGCAGAUAUGUGACAGAUAUCUGUCAUAUAACUGUGACAGAUAUCUGUUACAUAACUGUGACAGAUAUCUGUCGCAUAAGGCCACAUAAAAUAAAUUCCUUGAUUCUUCAUCACUAGACUUUGAAAGUGUCAAAGAGCCGGGUCUUAGGUCAGGUUGGUUUGUCGGUGAUUAAAGAUAUUUAGGAAAUUUGGUAACUGCACUCCAACCUAUUAAUUAAACAUGUAUGGUAUAAUUGUUCAUACAUGCAUAUUUGCUAGGUUUGAUGAAUAACUAUUUCGAUGAAGAACAUUUUUUGGAUAUGGUACCUGAUAUAUGCCAAGCUUUUUAAAACACAGACAUAGUUGACUAUUGACAGAAACAGAACCAUUGACAGAAACAGAAUGAAAACAAUUUUCAAGGAAACUUCACUUAGGAAAUAUUAAAGUAUCUUUCCAUUUUGUAAUAUGCUGAGUCCUAAAAACAAAUUAUAUUUAUACACUACAUUUUAUAGUAAAUUUGACGUAAGGUAAUGUUGCAAUACAUAACAUGCUGUUAAUGAAAUUCAUGAAGACUCUCCCCUUGACAAGUAAAAUAGACAGCUAGUGUUAGUUGUUACCCAGAGAAAAUCAGAAAAAUAGUAAAAAGUAGGGCACAUCAGAGCAUACUGCAGCUUGAUACAUUAACUGCAUAAUUCAGAUAUAGUAGUAUUGUGAAAGAAAAAAGUAUUUUUUUGGGGGGUGUGGGAAUUUUUUAAAAUUUAAUAUAGAAAUGAAUUGGAAGACAGAGUGAGACAGUGUGUGACAGAGUGAGACACAAGGCUCCACAGAUGGGGGGUUGUUUUUUGGGGGGGUGUCUCCUGACUGCAAAAUGACUGUUGCGCAUGUGCGGAGGACGUGCGCAUGUUGUGCGCAUGCACGAUGGAGAUGUGAACCCAAACCUUGGUCGACCGAAGUGAUUGAAUUUGAAUUUGGCGCGGUUCUUAAGCGCGAAAAAGGGGCGGCGCCUGGUGAUGUAAAAAGGGGCGGCGCCAUACUCCAGUCUCCAAUCUGGAAUCCGGAAAUGACAGUCCAGUUUUUAGCAUGUAUCUUCAUUGACAGAGGACAAAAAAGACUGAAUUGAUGAAACUGGACUCAUGAAAUUUUGGACUGGAGUAAGACACCGUCACUUCUGGCCGAAACCUUGGUCGGCCGAACUGAUCGGUUUUCAAAUUUGGCGCCGCUGAUAUAGUGGAAAAGUGGUGUGACGUGUUUCCGCCGCCGUGUUUCCGGUUGGUCAAAAAAAAGUUAUCCGUAACAGAAUCCCCACGUGUUAUACACAACCUAUAUCCUUAUAAAGGAUAUCAUUAUAAAGAGUUAAUCAUUUGGCUUAUAUACAAAAUACAAAAACGACGUGUUGUUAUAGCGGCGCAUAAACUGGGGAGUUUUGAAGGAAAACUAAUGGCAAAGUGGGAGGUUGUUGUUAAGGAGUGGAUGUAUAAACAGUUUCAAGAUGGGGAAGAGGGCAAAUGUACCCAUUGGAAAAUAAGUGAACUAGCAGACGAGUUGGUUAUUAAAGAAAUAAUACCCGAAGGUGUAAAGGAGGAUCACACACUGUAUUUGCUUUUAAUUGAGCAAAUGAAAAAGCAGUUGGUCGAAAUUACCCCCGUUCAAGUUGCUGCUACCCCAGUUUGCAUAUACGGUGUUUACAAAGCAGUCUGUGCUAUGAAACGUCAGCGAGGAGGUUAA